AUGAAGAAUCUGAACAAAGAAACAAAAGCAUUUGCCGAUACAGGAAGCGAUCUCCGAAUCGGCCAACCGCCUCAGUCGCUACUCCUAAUCGCCGAUACAGGAAGCGAUCUCGUUUGGGUGAAAUGCUCCGCUUGUCGGAACUGCUCUCUCCAUUCGCCGGCCACCGUCUUCUUUCCUCGCCAUUCUACCACAUUCUCUCCCACUCAUUGCUACGACCCGCUUUGUCGACUCGUACCCGGACCGGUUCGGGCUCUGAAAUGUAACCAUACCCGGAUCCAUUCCACGUGUCAUUACGAGUACGCUUACGCGGACGGUUCAUUAACUUCCGGUCUAUUCGCCACCGAAACGACGACGUUGAAGACGAGCUCCGGUAGAGAGGCGUAUCUAAAAAGCGUUGCUUUCGGAUGCGGGUUUCGGAUCUCGGGUCAAAGCGUUUCGGGUGCGAGUUUUAAUGGAGCCCAUGGAGUAAUGGGUUUGGGCCGUGGCCCAAUUUCUUUCGCUUCUCAGUUGGGCCGUCGUUUCGGUAACAAGUUUUCGUAUUGUUUAAUGGAUUACACUCUCUCUCCGCCGCCGACGAGCUACCUCAUCAUCGGCGACGGCGGUGGCGGAGCUCGAUCCAAGCUUCUAUUCACUCCGUUGCUCACGAAUCCAUUCUCUCCGACGUUUUACUACAUCCGAUUGAAAUCAGUUUCCGUCAACGGCGCGAAGUUACGAAUCCAUCCUUCCGUUUGGGAAAUCGACGGUUCAGGUAACGGCGGAACCGUCGUGGAUUCCGGCACCACCCUCGCGUUUUUAGCUGAUCCUUCGUAUCGACUGGUGAUCGCGACUGUGAGACGACGGAUCCGACUCCCGAUUGCGGCGGAGAUGACUCCGGGAUUCGAUCUGUGCGUUAACGUCUCCGGCGUUUCGAAACCGGAGAAGUUCAUGCCGAGGUUGAAAUUCGAGUUCGCCGGCGGUGCGGUGUUCGUUCCUCCGCCGAGGAAUUACUUCAUCGAGACGGAGGAGCAUGUUCAGUGUCUGGCGAUUCAAUCGGUGAACCCGAAGGUUGGAUUCUCGGUGAUCGGGAAUUUGAUGCAGCAAGGGUUCUUGUUUGAGUUCGAUAGGGAUAGAUCACGGCUUGGUUUUUCUCCUCGUGGUUGCGCUUUGCCGUGAUGAUUCGCCGGAAUAUUUCGUUUCGAGGAUUUUUUGUUUUUUUUUUAAAUCGUUUUCACUUCUUUUUUUAUCCUCUUGAAAGUACUGGGAGACGGUUCACUGUUACCGAAUAUAGGAAUAAAAAUAAUGUUUUUUGGAGUUUGUAUUAUUUCGUAUUUGAUCGGAGAAAUUUCGUCUUUACCAAUUUUAUGAUACCGUUUUUCAUUUU